AUGUUUCAAUCACUCAAAUCCAGCAUGACCGAGAAACUCGAAUUUCAACCCAAAGACGCCGAGGGGCGUCCCAGCACCCAAGAAAAAGUACUCUCCCAAAUCAAUGAGAAAAUAAAAGCCGCGCAAGAAGCCACAGAACAAGCAUCAUUGGCCCGCGAAAAAGCAUCAUCUCUCCCCGAUUCUGAAGAAGCGCAAGAGCAAAAAGCAAAGCUGAUUGAAGAAGCGAAGAAAUUUGAGAAUAGGGCAAAUUCGGAGCUGAAGCUUGCGCAGAGAUUACAGAGUGGUGUGUGGCAGGGUGGGGCUGGAGGAGCGGGGAUUGGAGCGGGAAUCGGGUUGGGUUUGGGGACGGUGGUGGGGACGGUUGUUGGUGGUGUGGCGAGUGUGCCGACGACGGGGUUGGGGUUGUUGGCUGGGAUGGGGACGGGGGCGGCUCAUGGGCCUUGGUUUAAGUUGCCGAAGAUUGGGGGGGAAGAGGGGGAGGCUGUGGAGGGGGAUGAGAAGGUUGUGGAGGGGGGGGGUGAAGAAGGAGGAGGGUCAGGUUCAGAAAGAGGAGGGAAAGAUUGA